AUGCAUGCUUCCCCUGAAACCCGAGCCUCCGAACGUGCCUCCCUGUGUUCCCUGCGGCCAAUCCCAGGCAAGGGCUUUGACGUCCCCGCGGCCGACGCCGACCAUGGCGAGCGGCCCGACUUGGAGGAGGAAUCCCCUCGGAACCGUGCACCAUUUCACUGUGGACACUCUACCCUCUCACAGAGAUGGGAGAUUGGAGACCCACCGAAAAAGAAGCGGCUCAUCUCCCUCUGCGUGGGUUGCGGCAACCAGAUCCACGACCAGUACAUCCUGCGCGUCUCGCCGGACCUGGAGUGGCACGCCGCGUGCCUGAAGUGCGCGGAGUGCAACCAGUACUUGGACGAGACGUGUACCUGCUUCGUCCGGGAUGGGAAGACCUACUGCAAGAGGGACUACAUCAGGUUAUACGGCAUCAAGUGCGCCAAGUGCAACAUCGGCUUCAGCAAGAACGACUUCGUCAUGCGGGCCCGAUCCAAAGUCUACCACAUCGAGUGCUUUCGCUGCGUGGCUUGCAGCCGGCAGCUCAUCCCCGGCGACGAGUUCGCCCUCCGAGAAGAUGGUCUCUUUUGCCGGGCGGACCACGACGUGGUGGAAAGAGCCAGCCUUGGGGCCGGAGACCCCCUCAGCCCCCUUCACCCGGCCAGGCCCCUCCAGAUGGCAGCAGAGCCUAUCUCUGCCAGGCAACCGGCCCUCAGGCCCCACGUCCACAAACAGCCAGAGAAGACCACCCGGGUCCGGACCGUCCUCAACGAGAAACAGCUCCACACUUUACGGACCUGCUACGCUGCCAAUCCCCGGCCGGAUGCCCUCAUGAAGGAGCAGCUGGUCGAAAUGACCGGCCUUAGCCCCAGGGUCAUCCGGGUCUGGUUUCAAAACAAGCGCUGCAAGGACAAGAAGAGGAGCAUCAUGAUGAAGCAGCUCCAGCAGCAGCAGCCCAACGACAAGACGAACCUCCAGGGCCUGACGGGGACUCCGAUGGUGGCAGCCAGUCCGGAGAGGCACGACGGGGGCUUGCAGGCCAACCCGGUGGAGGUGCAGAGCUACCAGCCGCCUUGGAAAGUCCUCAGCGACUUCGCCUUGCAGAGCGACAUCGAUCAACCCGCCUUUCAGCAACUCGUGGCUUCCAUAGAUGAGUAG